AUAGAACAAUCCGCGGCAUAACAACUGAUAUUCCAAUUAAAUACGGCGGCGCGUGAAGUUUGGGAGGAUUUGUCGGCCGUUAAAGGGUCAAUCAAGGCCCCCGAUUCCGCCAUUUCGGAGUUCACAUUCCCAGACCGCCAUAUAGAGUUUGAAAACUUCCGAUAGAAAAUAGGGUUUCGGAUUUUUGCAGCUCGAGGAAGACGAAGCGCGGAGAGAAUGGGGUCGAAGCAGAAUAGACACAAGCAGAAGCUCAUGGCUUUCACCGGCGCCGCCGCCUUUCUCGCCGUGGCCGUCAACUUCGCCGUCACUGUGUACACUUCUCACAAAAGAAGCCGCAAGAGGAAAGAUCUUCCGGGCCUAAAUUUUCCAAUGAACCUAUCUGCUCCGGACAUUCUGAGAUUAGCAGACAAAAUAAUUGCCAAAUCCAAGCAGGUUCACGACGCAGUUGCUUCUGUUCCUCUCGACAAGGUCAGUUUUGCAAAUGUAGUUCUACCAUUGAUAGAACUGGAAGCAGAGCAAUUUCCUCUGAUUCAGUCAUGUGUCUUUUCAAAGUGGAUGUCCACUUCUGAAGAAGUUAAAAAAGCUAGCGCUGAAGCAGAGAAAAAGAUAGAUGCUCAUGUUUCACUUUGCAGUAAACAUGAAGAUGUUUAUCGAGUUGUGAAAUCUCUGGCAUCAAAAGUAGACAGAAUGAGCAUUGAAGCCAAAAGAUUUACUCAAUUUCUGGUUAUAGAAUUUGAACGGAAUGGGUUAAAUCUUACCUUAACCAAGAGAGAAGAGUUGCAGCGCCUAAGGACUCAAAUAGAUGAUCUGAGUAUGCAAUAUAUACGAAAUCUGAAUGAUGACACAACUUUUCUCACUCUUAGUCAGUCUGAGCUAACAGGAUUACCGCCAGAGUUCCUUAAGGACUUGGAAAAAACAGAGAAUGGAAAAGUAAAAAUAAUUCUGAGAAACCACCACGUCACACCAGUUCUAGAGCUCUGCAAGGUAGGAUCAACCAGGAAAACGGUAGCUUCAGCUUAUGGAAGGAGAUGCAAAGUCAACCUCUUUGUAUUAGAAAAACUGACUCAACUGCGGCAUAAAUUUGCAAGAUUGCUUGGUUAUGCUAACUUUGCUGAUUAUGCCACAGAUGUAAGAAUGGCCAGCUCCUCACCUAAGGUUUUUGAGCUCUUGGAGAAUAUAUCUGCCAGUUUGACUGAUUUGGCAUCGAGAGAACUUUCUCUGUUAAAAGAACUUAAGAAGAGUGAAGAGGGAGAUUUGCCCUUUGGUAUUGAGGAUCUUCCAUACUACCUUAAAAAGAUCAAAGACCAACAAUGUGAUCUCAAUUUUGGAGUCAUCCGACAGUAUUUCCCCGCUGAAUUGGUUUUAUCGGGGAUAUUUAAAAUAUGCCAAGAUCUUUUUGGACUGGGGUUUGAAGAAGUUUCAGGUGCUGAGCUCUGGCAUCCUGAUGUAAAGCUUUUUUCUGUUUCUGACUUGAGUUCUAAAGAGCUGCUGGGAUUUUUUUUCUUGGAUAUGUACUGCAGGGAAGGAAAAUUUGCACAUACAUGUGUUGUAGCUCUUCAAAAUGGCUCACUGAUCAAUGGCAUGAGACAGAUUCCCGUGGCAUUACUCACUUCUCAAAUUGACAAGGAGAUGGGGGGCAGACCAGGAUUACUAAGAUUCUCUGAAGUUGUCAGUCUUUUCCAUAAAUUUGGUCAUGUGAUACAUCACAUUUGUAAUCGUGCAUCAGUCCCCAAAUUCUCUGGGCUGCGCCUGGAUCCAGAUUUUGUCGAAAUCCCUGCCUUACUUUUUGAGAAUUGGUGUUACGAGAGCCCCUGCUUGAAGCUGAUAUCUGGUUUUCAUCAGGAUAUCACACAGCCAAUCAAGGAUGAAUAUUGUAAGGCACUCAAGGAGUGGAGAUAUUCUUUCUCUGCAUUGAAAAUGAAGCAGGAGAUAUUUUAUUGUCUUUUUGAUCAGAUGAUUCAUUCGAAUGAAAAUAUCGAUAUAACUGGCUUAUUCAAACAUCUCUAUGCCAAGGUUAUGUUGGGUUUACCAAUGCUGGAAGGAACUAAUCCGGCUUCAUCGUUCCCACAAAUAGCUGUUGGCUGUGAAGCUACUUGUUACAGCCGGAUAUGGAGCGAGGUUUUUGCAGCUGACAUAUUUGCCCAGAAAUUUCACACGGAUAUUUUUAACCAUCAAGCAGGCUUGCAAUUCCGGGAUAAGGUAUUGGCUCCUGGAGGAGCCGUUGAUCCUCGUGACCUGUUAUCGGAUUUCCUUGGGAGAGAACCGUCGGUACAAGCGUUUCUCAGUUACAGAACUGCUAAAAGUUAAUCCAUGGACCAUGGUAAUUUUCUCUGUUACUACUCUCCUGUGUAAUCUUAUCAAUGCUUAUGGCCAUGCAGAAACUCUGUCAAUGCGUAAUCGUGAUUAAAUUUGCCCCUCAUGUUCAGAAUAAUUGUCACUUUGAAGAGACAAAUUUGGUUUUUUGGGCAUUUGGAAAUUCAUAUUUUCCCCUUGUUCUUUAUUUGCUGAUACAUAUGAUUGAAUGGGUAUUGUGGUAGUUUUACUGGAGAAAGAUUAAAAUGGGAGUAAGACAUAAGAAAUGAACUAAAAUAAAAUCUUAGGAUCCGU